GUUUUACGGCACAAUUUUGAUUAGAACAUAACUGUAUUUGGCCGUUAAAAUGCGCUGCAGCUAGAAGUUUGGAAUGAUAUAUUUGUCGACUUUAAAUAGUAUAUUCUGUCAAUUUCAAUUGCGGUCACACUGCUAGCGGCAGCGGCGUUUUCGGUGGGUCAAAACAACAAAGCAUAGGGAAACAAAAAAAACGAAGAAAAAAGAAACAACAAAGAAAACGCAAAAAGAAAAGAAAACGGCAACGGCGACGACGACGGCGAAGAACGUGAGGCAAACAACGAAAUUCAAACGCAUUUAUUAUUUUGCGCUGUACUGAUACGCAGCACAUACUCUACUAUUUGCUCAGGGAUCCAUAUUUAAAGACACACAACUGUGUUCAAAAUAAGCAAAAACAACACAACACACAGGAAAACAUACAUAGAACAUAUAUAAACAAAACGCCGCCGCCAGCAAAAACGCCACCGCGAUGAAAAUCACUGUGACCACCACCGAUGAUAAGAUAUUCUUUCUCGAUGUCGCCGAGGAUUUGGAGCUGGAAAAUCUAAAGGCCUUGUGUGCGAUGGAAAUUGGCGCAGAGGUCAGUCAAAUCAUGUUGCUAUUCAACGGUCGCGAAUUAAACAACGAUAAGCAGUCGUUGCAACAGUUUGGAGUCCGAGAUGGCGAUUGCGUUGUGUUAGAGCGACGCCGGAUCAAUCAGCAUAAUCCUAAUCCCAAUCGUACAGCUGCAACGAAUGCAACGAUUCCAUCGAUUAGCAAUUUGGACUUUAGCGGCAUCGCGGUGCCGGGCUCGAGCGGCACGGGCAACAGUCCGCCGACACAGACAGCAUCGGCAGGCAGCGGCAUCGGCAUUGGCAGCAACAGUUUGCGACAGCAGCUGGAGCAGCACUUGCAGCAACAGCAGCUGACGGACAUCCCCAUGACAGAUGACUUCAAUGUGAACCUCGACGAUGAUCCGGCAACGGUGCGCGAAGUGUUUCUCUCGAAUCCGGAAGCAUUGUCGCUGCUGCGACAGUACAAUACACCGCUGGCCGAAGCCUUGGAUUCGGGUGAUCUGGAGACAUUCAAGCGUGUGCUGCGCGAGAAUAUCACGGAGCGAAAGCGUCGCAAUGAUCAGCGUAUGCGUAUGCUGAAUGCGGAUCCGUUCGAUGAGGAGACACAGCGUCUCAUUGCCGAGGAGAUCAAGCAGAAGAACAUUCAGGACAACAUGGCCGCUGCCAUCGAAUACAAUCCCGAAAUCUUUGGCACAGUUACCAUGCUUUACAUCAACUGCAAGGUGAACGGUGUGCCCGUCAAGGCGUUCGUUGACUCCGGCGCCCAGACGACAAUCAUGAGCAAGGAUUGCGCUGAACGCUGUCAUGUGAAUCGCUUGAUCGACACACGCUGGAACGGUGUCGCUAAGGGCGUCGGUACACAGCCGAUUUUGGGACGCAUUCACAUGGUGCAGCUGCAGAUCGAGAACGAUCAUCUGACCUCCAGUUUCACGGUGCUGGGCCAACAGCCUAUGGACAUGUUGUUGGGCCUCGACAUGCUCAAGCGGCAUCAGUGCCUUAUCGACUUGCAGCGCAAUCUAUUGAUCAUUGGCACCACGGGCACCUCAACGCCGUUUCUGCCGGAGAGCGAGCUUCCGCCCUGCGCCCGCCUCACUGGCAAUCCGGAGGACAACGAGCAACAGGCCAUUGCCGAGGCCAUCGAGCAGAGCAAGCGAGAAAGUGGCGGCGCAGCAGGAGCAAGCACAAGUCAAGCGAGCGGCAGCAGUGGAAGUACGACGGGUUUCAAUGCCAGCAACAUUAAUUCGAUACAACCGCUGGAUCGUUUCACGGAGCAGGAUGUGAGUGAUCUGAUGGCAUUGGGUUUUCCGCGUAGCGAUGUUCUCACGGUGCUGAGAUUGUGCAAUGGGAACAAGGCGAUUGCUAGCUCGAUGCUGGUUAGCCGCAAUGCUGCUGCCGGUGGCGCUGGAUUCAGCUGAACGCUGCUCUGGCCAGCAGCUGCUGCUCCAACAACAACCACAACAAAAACAACAACAAGACCACCUCCUUCUGCUUCUCCUACAAUGCUCUGGGAUCAAUCAAAACCAUUUUGCAAUACAACAACACAAGAAACUCAUCAAUAACAAUAUCGAUGUCGUUGCCGAUUCCGAUUCCGAUGUGUUUAACAAACAAAUCAAAACGAAAAAAAAACUAAAAAAAAAAAAAACAACAAAAUUGAGGUGCAAAAAAUCAUUUUUAAUUUAGAAAAAUUUUUUGUAAACUAAACGAAUUCUUUUUUAAAUGCCUUCUCCCUUGAUUUUGUUUUCGUUUAAUUGUACAAUAGUUAAUUAAUGCUAUGCGCAAGAGAUCCCAAAGAAACCCCAUAAAAAAAACAAUCGAAGCAAAUCAGGCCCUCAAAUUUCUUUUUUAAUUAAUGACAUGAACGUAAUUGAUCUUUUUUCUAGCCUUAAAUUGUUCUUAACGAAAUCCGAUUUAGAAUUUUUGUGUGUGAAAUGGAAAAACGACGAAAACACUGCAAUAAAAACCGUCUAUGGUUGAAUAGCCGCUUUGCAACGAAUUACGAACCAUCAUCGUAUAAUGCCAGAAGACAUUAUAAAACACAACAUAAUAUAUACAACACACACACACACACAUACACAACAUAAUAUAUACACACAGCUACACUAAUUAUACACGUUUUGGUAUAUAAUAAUUAUACAAUUUGAACUAGUAUUAAGCAUAAAAACAAAACCUAUGUAAUGUAUGUACGAAGUGAAAUGGUUAAAUAAAACGAGACUUGUUUUGGAUUGGA